GAGGUGCCCGUGCCCACGGAUCUGUCCUCUUUCCUUCUGGGGGCUACUCACUAUCAACACCCCCAACCAGCCCGCCUCCUUCCCUUAGAACCGGGCAGCAGUGCCGUGUAAUUGCCAUGGCCUUGAGCUCGGGCGCCCUGGUGUGUAGCAGGCGGCAAACACUCCAGUAAAUGCCUGUUUUGUGCAAAGCCCUGUAGAGGCCGUGUAGCUACAACAUUGCCAAGAGGGCCAGUUACAGGGCUCCCUCGAGGACCACCUCUGCUGCCAAAGCCCUUUCCGUGUCUUAGUCCCUCUUCAGAGAGACGUGUCGGGAGGAGGUUCAGGUCAGGCCGUGUGUUUCUGACCGUGUUCCUGUCUUGGGUAUCUUUGUGGUGUCUGAUUUCUCUUACUCAUCCAUCUUUCCUAUUGGUUCACAAAGCAUCGUGUGUUGCCGUCCAUGGUCCUGGGCUUCACAUCAUCCUCUGCGCCCAAGUCUGAACACGCCCGGCCUCCUUCCCUCACCGGAGUAGAAAGUUUAGGGAAGCUGUUGGAAAAUGGUUUCUAGUUGGAAUACCCAGAGUCGUGGAAAGAUGGGGCCUAGAGAUAUAAGGAAACCUAUUACAAAUGUAUCUAGUGCAGUGCUCUAGUCUUUCAGGGGAAUCUGAGCGAGGACAUCGAUGGCGGAGUGAGGACUCCUGGCUCCUAGCCCACUGUUCUUUCCACUAAGUCAUCUCCAGAAAAAAUGCUUCAAAAAGGAAAAGGUCCCGCGAUGUUAAGUUGUAAGGAGAUGAGGAAAAUGGAGAGACUGCCACAUGACUACAAAAGCAGUAUUAUUUGGGGAAAAUGGAGCCAUAUCAUGAAGAGUGGGAGUGCUAAAAUAAGGAACUCUGAAGCUUGAAAAAAGUAGUAAAAGGAAAAAUGAGAGCAAAUAGGUAGUUACCUUGUAAUCCCAAGAGAUUUAUCUUUUUAAAGAUCCAGUAAAGGUUAAGAUAAGUACAUUGGAAUUUUAUUAUAUUAGAUGUUUAAGCAGUGUCCAGAAUCUUUUGACAUCACAUAACUAUACUAUAGUCCUUACCAAAGUUAUUAGGUAUCUCUAUUGGAGACAGUAUAAAACUGAUGUAAUUACUAAUAUGACAUUAUAUUCUCAUGUUCCCAUGGGAAAUUAGAUUAUUGGAAUAAUAUAUGCAUUUCUGGAACAGAAGGAAGGAAAGACAUGGAUGAAAGAAGAGAACCUUUUGAUAUUUUUGCUUGGAUCCCCAAAUUAGACGUUGUUGGAUUGUUCUUGUAUAUUCAUGAAAAGUAGAAUUAGAAAUACUGUAGUAACGACUUACAAUACAUAGACAUUAUUAUAUACCAGAUGCUGUACUAAAUGCUUUUUUAUGUCCAUUAUCUCAUUUCAUUAUCUCCUUUUUACAACUGAGGAAUCUGACACAAAGAGUUUAAGCUUGCCCAAAGUUGUAAACCUAGUAAGUGGUCAGUGUUCAAACUUACAUCUGGCUGACUCCAAAGCCAAUAAGAUUUAUGCUCAAUAGUGUCCUCACAGACAGCUGAACAAUAUGGGCUUGAACUGUGCAGUUUCAUGUAUAUGGAAUUUUUAUAAAAUGACUGCAGUUCAAUUGACCCUCAUAGUUUAAACUCCACGUUUGGGAAUCCGAGUAUGUGAAGGGCUUUUGCAGAUUUUGGACAGUGUGGGAGGUCUACGCCCCUACCGCCAGUUGUUCAAGGUCAGCUGUACUGAAUUGUGUAGUGAUUUAAAAUGUGGGCUUUGGAUCCAGUCUUUCCUGACUGGACUAGCUUGGAUAAAGUACUCAUCAGUUCUGUGUCUCUGAAGUAGUGACUGUAAUAGUACCUAUCUCAGAGGGUUAUUAGGAUUGAGUUAACACAUGUAACUUACAUGAUGUGCUUACAGCUGUGCUGAGACAUUGAAAGUUCUCAGGAAAUGCUGGCUGUUCAUUGUUUUUUAAAAUAUUAUAAUUUAAUUUAUUUCAAGAUACUGUUUUCUUUAGAUCCAGAUUGUCCAUUCCACUGUUGAAGUGUUAAGGCUUUAUGAUAAAUUGUUAUAGGUAUAAAGUAAAGUAUCUCUGUUCAUACUAAAACAGGUGGAGCCAGUACAAGUUUGGAAAGCACUGAGGUGCAGUGGGAAGAUGUGUGACCGGGGCCAGUGGAUUUGGUUUCAGUUGUCUCUAUAUGUUCUGAGGACCAAGAUUCAUUUGGGGAUGGUUACAGAAUUGAACCGUAGUAGGCAAUGAAAAUAUAUAUUCAGAGUUUUUUUCCUGAUCAGGCGGACAGAUCAGCAUAGAGGCCAAGGAUGAAUGUUCAUCGUGGCAGUGAGAGUGACAGGUUAUUGCUGCAGGAGGCCAGCUGCCUAAUGGAUGAAACCUCGGCUGCAGCCCAAGAAAAAGAAACUAGUAGCCUGACUUCUUCUGGUCUUCAAAAUCUUGCUUAUCCGCUAACUCCCAGGAGUGAUGACCUUUCACUGGACUAUGCCUCUCAGCCAGCAAGCCUCCAGUUCCCUCACAUAAUGCCACUUCCCGAAGACAGCAAAGGCUCCUGCUUCCCAGGUGGGACUAAACGGAGCUAUGAACCCUUUAUUGCUCCAGAACGAUUUGGAAACAGCACUAUGGGCUUUGGCAGUAACGUUCAUUCCCAGGCGCCAGAGAAAGUGACACUUCUCGUAGAUGGCACACGUUUUGUGGUGAAUCCACAAAUUUUCACUGCUCACCCGGAUACCAUGUUGGGAAGGAUGUUUGGACCAGGAAGAGAAUACAACUUCACACGGCCCAACGAGAAGGGGGAGUAUGAGAUUGCCGAAGGAAUCAGUGCGACUGUCUUUCGAACGGUGCUGGAUUAUUACAAAACUGGUAUCAUCAAUUGUCCUGAUGGCAUCUCUAUCCCAGACCUCAGAGAUACGUGUGAUUAUCUCUGCAUUAACUUUGACUUCAACACUAUCCGAUGUCAAGAUCUGAGUGCUUUAUUGCAUGAACUGUCCAAUGACGGUGCUCACAAGCAGUUUGAUCACUACCUCGAAGAACUGAUCCUGCCCAUCAUGGUGGGCUGUGCCAAGAAAGGGGAGCGAGAGUGCCACAUCGUUGUGCUGACAGAUGAGGAUUCUGUGGACUGGGAUGAAGACCACCCCCCACCCAUGGGAGAGGAAUAUUCCCAAAUUCUUUAUAGUUCCAAGCUCUACAGAUUCUUCAAGUACAUUGAGAAUCGGGAUGUUGCUAAAACAGUGUUAAAGGAACGGGGCCUGAAAAACAUUCGCAUUGGAAUUGAAGGUUACCCUACCUGCAAAGAAAAAAUUAAGAGAAGACCUGGUGGCCGAUCUGAAGUCAUCUAUAAUUAUGUGCAGCGCCCUUUUAUCCAGAUGUCAUGGGAAAAGGAAGAAGGAAAGAGUCGCCAUGUGGACUUCCAGUGUGUUCGGAGCAAAUCCCUCACUAAUCUGGUAGCUGCUGGAGAAGAUGUCUUGGAGGACCAGGAGAUACUGAUGCAUCACCCGCCCCAAGUGGAUGAACUUGACCGACUAAAUGCCCCACUUUCUCAGAUGGCUUCUAACGACUUUCAGGAUUAGGGCCAGCUCUGGGUCCACCUCUCUGCGAAGCGUUUGGGCUGCCAAAAGCCAGUUCUCCCCAUCCUUUCCCUUUCUCCCAUAAUUAACGUGCGUCCUUUUCAGUACAUCUGCACCUCUGCGGGGGGUGAGAAAGCACUGGUAAUGAAGCUCCCAGCCUGGCAGCAGCCCUGGUAACGUGAAAUUUUAGGUCUGGUGCUGUUCACUGAGCCUUUGCAUAACUGCAAAGCAGAAAAGCAAGUCAAGACUCCUGUUGCCUCAUUCGGCAAAGCAGUUCUGAUCCUUUAUGCUGUGUCUUGGCUUUUGUGUGUGUUGUUUUAUACCAGGCACAUCGCUUAGCAGCGAAGGGACCAAACUUAAAGGAGACAAUCUCUAUCUUCUGCAAAUAGCACUAAUGGCAUGCUCAUUAGAGGUUGAAGAAGAUGCCAUUCCUAGUGGCAUCUGUGCCCAGAUUGCAUCAGGGAAGAACGAGGCUCGUAUUCAACAUGUCUAAAAGGAAAUUCGUAGGCGCUAAAAUUCAGUUUUGUUUUUUCAUUAAAUGCAAGAACAAUCCAAAACCACAUGGAUUCUGUCACAGGAAGGAAAGUGGCAUCACAGUGUUGAUGGAACCUUAGUGUCAUGGUGUUUAGAUUAUUCAUUUAGAAGGAAACUCAAGUAGAACCUCUCCAGGUGGGGCCACUCUGAUUGCCCUGGCUUGGAAUUGGUGAGAAGCCACCGGUCUUCACCCAGGAGCAGCAUGUUGCUGUGGAUGUGGAUGGGCGACCUUGGAUAUGACUUAAAGGCUCCAGCUGUGAGCAGACAUUUCUCACAAGAGCUCAGUUUCUCAGUCGGAAGACUUGUAAGAGCUCCAGUGAGGGGACGUGUGGGGGAAAGCUGGAUGGGGAAGCAUUACCUGCUCAGGCUUUGUCCCAGUAUAGGAUUCUUCUUUGUGCAUUCUUUUCAUACUUAGGGAAUUUUUUUGGAUACCAGGAUAUUUUCAUUUUGAAAUAGCCUAUCAGCUGCUCACACUGAAUAAGAAACCAUACUAAUAUCAUCCCCCAAGGAAGGAUGAGUUGAAGGGAAGUGAGACCUAGUAAUUGUUUGCUCUGUCACUGCGUGUCAAUGCACAGCGACAACCAGAUCACCCUCCCCAGCACUGAACCGCCUUCCCCCGUGUCCCCAUGGCUAGAGCCGGAUGUCAUGGGAUCAUCUCCCCUUUUGCGCUACAGGCUGGCCUUCCAGUCACCUGCCCCAGGUAUUUACUCAUCACAACUUAUAAAGAGGCACAUAGUUUUCAAGUCCUUUAAGAGCAUGACUGGCUUUCUUAAAUCCCAUUCCCAUAAGAUGCUAUAGGGCAAGCUGCUUGAUUCUGUUCUGACCAUGCUAGUCACAGUCCUCCACGAGUGACGUCGGAUGGGCGUUGAAAGCUGCUCUUUCCAGGCUUGAAGAGCAAGAAUCUUACUAGUAAGAGUAUUCUUUGCAUGUGGUCAGCAUCACAGUGGAAAUCGAUGCUCUAUUUCUCUGAAAAGUAAUCGGGGUUAAACUGAACCACCCCCCACCCCACCUGCAGAGUUCUGAUUACCAUGGCAUCCAUUUGUAAGGCUGAUGGCCAGUGGUAGUUUUAUUUCUGUGAAACUGUUGGCUCAUAUUGAGGUCAGGUCUGGCUAUGACCUUACCAGGAUACAUUCAUGCCCACUAGGAACCGACCAGCCCAGUAUUGUUUAAUGGUGCUUCCUUUACUUUUCAGUUGACUUCCAUGUCAUCACAAAGGACAUUUGCAUUGAGUGUGUAGUCUGUGGUAUAUGUAUAACUUUCGUUACACAGCUAAUGUAUUGGUAAUGUUUAGUAAGUGUCAACACGCUGCAGCUGAUACUCUAGUCCUUGCUUAGUUGGAAAGCCACGUAUGAAAGUAUGGCAUGUAGUGAACACUUCCUUCUAUAUCAGUGGUUCUCAACCUUCCUAAUGCCGCGACCCUUUAAUACAGUUCAUGUUGUGGUGACCCCCAACCGUAAAAUUAUUUUCGUUGCUACUUCAUAACUGUAAUUUUGCUACUGUUAUGAAUCGUAAUGUAAAUAUCUGAUAUGCUAUAUGUGUUUCCCAAUGGUCGCGACCCACAGGUUGAGAACCGCUGUUCUAUAUGAAUGAUUAACUUAUUCUGACUUUUAAGGACUAUAUCUUCUUUUCCCAAAUUGGGUUAAUGUGCUUUUGGCGCCAACCCCAUGGACAGUCUGGGGAGGUAAAUCUGCCACUGUCACCAGGUGGUGGUGACAGGAGGAAGCUGGCGCGGGAGGCUCUCCUGCAUCCGCGCCCUCCCCGCCUGGAGCUCAGCAUCACUGUCACUUGGUGGCUCCCCUCAGAGCUGCUGUUUCCAGGGCCAGGACAUUCUGCUGUGGCAGGACCUCUCGGCUGGGUUGGCGUCAUUCCCUUAAGAAUCAGUUACUGGCCACCUGGGCAAGAGGUGUUUCUAAUGCAAAGGGUAGGACUCAGGUCUGGUGUUUUUUCUAAGUGCCUAAAUAAGUAAGCCAGGUGACUUACACAGAAGCAUUUUCAUAAGGAAAUAGUUUUACCCAGACUGUCUUCGAGGUAUCUCAGCAAGCCAAGAUGAACCUGAAUUUGAGGUUUAGAAUCAGUUCAUGUCUGCAUCGUAUCACAUAUUGUUGAGUAGGAAACAUUUGCCAUUGAGACUUGGAGAGUACUGGGCAAGGAACAGUGUUAAAAUGUGGUGAUAUUAACAAUUUCUCAGGCUGAAAAGAAUGACAGCAAAAGGUAAAGAAGCUGGAAAGUAUCUGGAUUUACUGCACAAUAUACAAUAGCCAAUAUUUUCAACUAAAUUCCAAGAGAACGGGGUGAUAAUGCACACAGUCUAAGGAAAUACUGUGGAAUAAGCCCAGGAAGGAGGGCUCUACGUGCACAGUGUUCCGACAGAUCCUGUGUAAGUAAAGCCAGUCAGAACGCAGGCUUUCAUUCACACGGUCAAAGUGUGACAUGGAGCCUUUUGUAUCCAGUGAAAACAGAAAGUUAAGAAGGGGUUUGAGUAUUUUAUUUAAUGUCAUCAUUUUGAAAUUGUUAAAAUGCAUAGUGAGUUCAGAAAGCAGACCUGAUGCCUUUGUGGGAGAUGGAGCCACAGUCAUGCUCUGGGUGGGACCACCACUGCAGGACAUUUGCCUCUUUACUUUGUAUUUAAAAUUGCACAUGUUUACCUACCAGUGUUUACGAAAUCCUAUAUUUAGGAUGCUUUUUUUAAAAUAAAAUAUUAUGAUUUGGG